ACAAAGGCAUCGUUGUUUUUGAGCAUUGAAGAACUCGGCGCGGUUCAUCUCUUCAAUCCUCCUCCUGCUUUAGUCCUCUUUCUCUCUCUCUUAAUUCUUUUUCUUUUCUUUUCCCUUCUCUCCCUUCCCUUCCCUUCCCUUUCGAAUUAAAACGUGAAAAACAGAAUUAAAUCCAUUUUCUUUUCCCCAACCAAAAAAAAAAAAAACAACUCUUGUUCAUGCUCCGAAGCCAAGGCAAGGGCGUUGUUUCAUUUCAUUUCAUUUCAUCGAUUCCAGAUCAAGCCCCUUGAAUCUCUCCAAAUCCCUCAAAACCCACGUCUAUUCCCCUCUAAUUUCUCCAACCCAUUUCCAAAUCUUCAAUCCAAUCCAUCAGAUAUCCCUUUCCCAUCUUCAAAUGCUCCAUUUUUUCUGAUCUUUGACUCCUCUUUUCACCCGCCUUUCUUCUCUUUCUUCUCCUCUCAUGCUCUUCCUUCUGCCUCUAAUGGGGAUGGGUCUCUGAAAAAAUGCACGUAAAUUUCUCUUAUCAACAAAUGCUGAAGGCAUGCAGAGUUGCGCUACGUGGUUGAGGUUUCAGAUUCUUGGGGCAUGGCGAAUCAGGUGGUCAAAGUCAAGAGGGAAGCGAUUGCGGCAUGCAUCACUUGCCCGCUUUGUAAUAAGCUUCUGAAAGAAGCCACCACCAUCUCUGAAUGUCUUCAUACCUUUUGCAGAAAGUGCAUACAUGAUAAGAUUUCUGAUGAUGAACUAGAAAGCUGUCCAGUAUGUAACAUCGACCUUGGGUGUGCCCCAUUGGAGAAAUUAAGGCCAGACCACAAUCUAGAAGAUUUAAGGGCUAAGAUUUUCCCUAGUAGAAGGAGAAAAGCCAAAACGCCUGAAGUUGCUCCUGUUAUACUACCACCAGUUAGAAGAAAGGAAAGAUCACUUUCCUCAUUGGUGGUCAAUAGUCCCAGAGUCUCAAGUCAUGCAACCACAAGUGGAAGAAGAGCAGCAGCUGCUGCUAGAAUUGCUGCUGUCUUACGAACACCAAGAGUCUCCUCUGAGAAGCGUGUGAAGAAAGAGGAUGAUUCCAUGGAAGACUGUUCAGAGAGCUCGAGUUCCCUUGAGACAUCAGAAAAAUUCAAUCAGAACAAAAGACCGGAUUCCAGUCCUUCCAAGUCUACCAUAUCUUUGCGAAAUAAAGAAGUCGAAAAUGGCGUUGAUUCAAUGGAAGGAAACAUGGAUAUCUGGAAACCUUUAAAUUACUUGGUAGAAGUUGCAAAUAGGAGUAAAUGUUUCAAAUCUAAUUCAGAGAAUAAAGUCGAGCUUGCAGAAGUCGAUGGGAGUGAAGCUCAGGCCAGUAAGUCUAGAAAUAGGGAAAGCAAACGCAAGCAAAAACGUGAGAACGGAAAAACUAGAACAGACCCAGUAUCUCCAGAAACUGAAAAACCUAAGAAACUGCGUAGGGUUCGCCAGAAAAAGGAACCUUUUUAUGGGAACUCCAGCAUUACACCCCAGGUUGUGUUGGAUGCCACUAGUGCUCGGCUUGAAAGAAGAGCUGGUCCAAUUUGGCUUUCACUCAUAGCUUCUGAUCAGGAAGGAGAUGUAACGUUGCCGCAAAUUCCUGCUAGUUAUUUGAGAAUAAAGGAUGGGAACUUGCCAGUAUCAUUUGUCCAGAAGUACCUUAUGAGAAAGCUGGAUCUCUCCAGCGAAUCAGAGGUUGAGGUGAAGUGCAUGGGACAUCCAGUAGUGCCCACACUGGAUUUGCAUAGUUUAGUUGAUUUGUGGCUUCAAACAGCAGCAACCUCCGAAAAGAUCUCAGCAUCAAUUGGGUCGUCAGCUGAGGAUUUCAUUAUGGUUCUUUACUAUGCUAGAAAGAUCACAGUUUCUUGAUCUUCACUUUCCUUCACAUUGCUGCCUUCAAUCUGCAUGUAAGGGUCUUCACACCGUUCGCUCUCUUCCCGGCAAAAGUUGCUGAAAGGGCCCUGAAAUGCUUAUUAUUUAAUCACAGUUGAGUAUCAAUUACUGCAUCAAUCCUAGUUCCUCAAAAGUUUGUUAGACUUAAACAUUUUAGGGUAAGCAACACAGGUACGUAUGGGAGUGGCAUAAACACAAUGGAAAUUCCUUUUACACCACAUCAUCAAAUAAAGGCAACAACAACUAAUUUAUUUAACCAAGUGGUGUUGGGUGUAAUGAAAUAUUUGACCAUUAGUAACUCCCUCAGCAGUUGCUUUUACUUUGGUAGAAGAGAUGUACUUGAAUUGUGUAGCCAAUACCAAAUUUGCAUCAUUCUAAUAGAGCUCUCUCUC